CAAUCAUCAUUCAGCAGUGGACCAGUGAGGAGGUUCGAGCGUGUUUGAGUUUGAGCGAUACCCGGAUUAAACAAAAAAAAAAAAAAAAAACGAGAGAAAGAGAAGAAUUCGUACUUUCCUGACGGAGAAAGCAGAACCGAGUUCAAAGGAGAAUCUUUAGUGAAGAGGGAGAGAGAGCUGCACUCGGAAAAGAUCACAGAAGAGAACCACCUGGUCUGGUCCGGCAAGCCUGAACUCGAGCUCGAGGUCUCGAGACAGCCCCAAGUCGACCACACUCAGUUCAAGUCGUUUUGCAGCGGCGCGCAGAAGUUCAACGUUCGUCGUAGUGCACGGUUCAACAACAUUCAACAACAUCCAGCAGCAGACAUGGCAGGCAUGGAUCGAUUCUUACGGUUCUUCAUCAAAUUCCACGGCUAUGCCAUCGCACUGCUGAGCAUCUUGUUUGCCCUAGUGAGCGUACUCUUCACGCGGCUGAAUUACCAUUACCCGUUAGAGGAGUGGUACAAUUUUCGCUUCUCGGGCAUUCCGAUGCUCAUACUGGGAGCGGCCUGGAUCAUGGCCAGCGUCAUCCUCGUAGUCGGUGUGUUUAAGGAAAAUACCAGGCUCAUCUACCCGUACGGGGUUGUUUUUGUGCUGGAGCUGGCCACCCUGAUCUUGCGGGACGUGUACCUGCUGGUGGCCGGCAAGGACUGGGACGAGAUGGUGUUCAUCAACGUGAGCGUCGUGCUGCUGUUGUUCAUCAUCCCGUACAUCGCGCUAAGUUUGCUGGCCCUGCUCAAGCUGAUCGAAGUGGAUCCAAUCAUGCCCAAGAGUCGGUCCGACAACUUUGUGCGAUUUGACAACACCCAAACCAACACGGAAGCCUAAGGCCGGACAUUUUGCAAUAAUAAGUGAUCAGCAUCAGCUGCGAUUAGGAAGAAAGAGGGCGCGCGCAAACGCAACUGCGGCGGUAUUUUAGAUGUUUAAGGUAUUGUGCGUUUUGGGAGGGAAUUGAGAUCGCCGGUGGAUCGCGACUGGUUACGUGACCACCGCAGAGGAAACCCGCGGAGAUAAUUGUCUUGAAGGAGCACAGAUCAUCAGAUGUAGCACUGAAGUCACAUAGUACUGAACAAACUAUAGCGCUACGUCUGUUGAUCUGUGCUCCACCCCUAAUUAUGAAAGUGUAGGUACCUCACAACCGACAACGGACAACAUAAGUUUAAUUUUUAAUUGUUUAUUGCUCUCUUCUGGUGGUGUAACGGUGCAUUUCGGUGUCUUUCUUUGAGCUGUAACCUCUAUUUUUAACAACUACAAAGAAGCAAAAACACACCUUUUUUGGGAGUCUCUCUAUUCGACGAAAAAAAAAAAACACGAUGGCUACGCUCCUCUAGCAGUAGGACCCAAAGACUGAACAUACUUUACAAACAAAAACGUUUUUGAACUGCCUGACCUUGCUUCCACCCUUAUGUGCUAUUUAUUUUUAUUGUUAUUUUAUAAAACUCUAAGGUGCCUCCUCCCCUACUGGGAAUCAGACUGACCGACUCUCUGAUAUCUGACUAAGGUAAAGCUGUAACACAUAUCAGACGAAAGCUCGAAGAAUUGUUUUACUGCCACAGGAACGUAGUCAAAAACAGAACCUAUUAGGGGGAGAGGGGGUAAUAUGCACCCCUUAAGGGAAAGCUGUGAUUUCUCAACCAUUACAGCAUUACUGUGGAAGAAUGUUGUUCGAUGUUCUAAAACAACUAUUAUUCUUCGUCAUCCUUGUGAAAAAAGUCUUAAAAAACCUCAAAAUUGUUCAAAAAUGUCGAAUUUCUAAAAACAUUUUUGAUUCAUUUCAAACAACCACGCGGGGCAAUAUGCACCGCUACAUUGGGGCAAAAUGCACUACAACAACGGGGCAAAAUGCACCACAACAUGGGGCAAAAUGCACCGGGUAAAAGCAGUUUUCACUAGUCACCACUAGAUGACACCGCUGUUUUUACCAAGGAGCUUCAGAACGGUGCAUUUUGCCCCGACCACGUUUUUUGCAGAAAAUUUAAUUAAAAAUGCAUUUUUUCAUGUUUUUGAACUCAUCUAUCUGCAGAAUAGUGAAGAUUAUGGCAAAAACUAUAUACCUCAAUACUUACAAUAACAAUAAAUGCUUUUUAUACUGUCCAAAAAUCAUAAUUAAAGUUCAAUGAAAAUUAGAUGAAAACACAACAUUUUAAAGUUUUGCAAAUAACUUAAGCUGUUUUUAUACUACGAUGCUCAAAUUUUUCCAGCAUGGUUUAUUAAUGUUAAGUUUCCAAUUUCUAUAAGUUUUUCCCCGGAAAAAUCUUCUAAAUACCGAGAAAUGCAGGGGGUGCAUUUUGCCCCGGGGGUGCAUAUUACCCCCUCUCCCCCUAACUGCUUAUCAUCUGAUUACAAACAGAGUACUAUCUCUUUUUUAUUAAAAGAUUGUUAAGUUUUAACCAGCAGUAUUGUUACUCAGCGAUUUUGAUGAUAAUAAACUUAUUUAAAAGACAA